GUUGCUGAACUGGUUCUCAAUGAGGAGACUUUCCAAACAAAUAUCCGUGACUAUUCAAAACUCAUUGAUGCACAUGCCAAAGAAAACCGAAUGGAGGAUGCUGAGAGAAUCCUGAAGAAAAUGGCUGAAAGGGGUAUCCAGCCUGACAUCCUAACUUCUAUGAUCUUGGUUCACAUGUACAGCAAGGCAGGGAAUCUUGACCAAGCGAAGGAAGCAUUUGAGAGCUUGAGAAGUCAAGGCUUCCAACCUGACACAAAGGCCUAUCAUUCGAUGAUCAUGGCUUACGUAAAUGCAGGCCAACCGAAGUUGGGAGAGUCGCUGAUGAGAGAGAUUGAGGCAAGAGACAUCAAACCCACCAAGGAGAUAUACAUGUCAUUGUUGAGGUCCUUUGCUGAACGUGGCCACGUUGACGGGGCUCAAAGAAUUGCCACUACGAUGCAUUUUGCAGGGUUCCAGCCUAGUUUGGAGUCUUCUGCAUUGCUUAUUGAGGCAUAUGGGCAAGCUGGUAAUCCUGAACAGGCCAGGAGUAACUUCGAUUAUAUGGUGAAAUUGGGACACAGGCCUGAUGACAAGUGCACAGCAAGCAUGAUUGCGGCAUAUGAGAAGAAGAAUAUGUUGGACAAAGCCUUGGACCUUCUAUUGCAACUUGAGAAGGAUGGGUUUGGGCCAGGUGUUGCCACUUAUGCCGUGAUGGUGGAUUGGUUUUGUAAGUUACAGUUGGUUGAUGAAGUUGAGCAGUUACUGGAAAAGAUUGCUGAGAAGGGGGAGGCACCUCCUUUCAGGCUUCACGCUGGCCUUUGUGAUAUGUAUGCGAGGACGGGAGAUGAAAAGAAAGCUCUUAAAGCUCUGCGAGUUGUGGAGGCUAAGAAGGAGCUCCUGGGAGCUGAAGACUUUGAGAGGCUCAUAAAUGGGCUUCUAGUUGGUGGGCUAGCAGAGGAUGGUCGGAGGUUGCAUCAGCUGAUGGAGGCUCAGGGCUUUGCUGCAUCAGAGCCUCUGAAAGUGGCAUUCAUGGCAUCUCAAGCAUUCAGGCGCCAAGGACCCACAACAAGAUGAUGGAACCCGUGGAAGGAUUGGUUAGAUUGUAACAUUAUUCCUGAAUGAAAUGUCUCUCUUUCUCCUUGCUGCUGCUACUAAAUUGGCCAAACUCUUACAAACUGCCUACAAUGGCCACAAAAAAAAAAAAGAGGAGAAAGUUUUCCUCCAGUGGGCUGGAAUCUGGAUCGGUCACCACUCUAUCCCAAGAAAUACGAGGGUUUUAUUUUUAUUUUUUAUGGGUGACAGUUUUAAUGUGACUUGGUAAAAACAAACGACGCAUGAGUAACUUGAUAUGACUUGGUCCGAGUCCAGUCAGUUUUUAAUACAGGGUGUCUUCGUGACUCUUGACUAGGUUUCUUAGUUUUUUUUUAAAUGACUAGGAUGCUUUAUUCAAAUCAAAACCUGAUUUUUCAACAGUGGUAAAAUAUGUUGACUGGGUCUCAUUGUAAUUUCUAAACUUGACCAUUGUCUUUGAGUUUGAGGAUGAAUGAUGAAUUUGUGCAUUGCAUUA